AUGGAACCACAGCAGGAAGGAAAAUCUCUCGCUGUUAGUUCCUUGGAGGCCAAACAUAUAUCCUCGAAAAAUAUGGAGCCAUUAAACGGAAUGUUAAGGACCGUUGCUAAAAGAUCGCCCUUAACUCAUCCGGCUAUUCAGCACCAAAAGUUGGAUGCAUUACUCCAGAAUCGUAACCCCUACAUUAUACCAGAAACCGGAAAAGUCCUAAGCAAGAUUCAUAGUAUCAGCGACAAUUCCGUGCAAACAGCCCUCGUUAUUGGGUCAAAAAUACAUGAUAAAUUGAAACUAUUAGAUAUAAAUAAUGAACCGGAAACCUCAUUCAUAGGAUCAGAGAAUGUUUCAUAUUGUUUCUCAGAACUAAAGCUAUCCAAUAAGCAAAUAUCUGAGCAACAACACCAUGGAUCACUUGUCUUAAAGGAUUCGGAAUCACUUUCUAUCACUGACCAUCUUCAUCCAUUAUCUUCACUAAACACCACCAUCUGCACAGAUAAGCCUGUAAUAUCUAAACCAUCAAAAGCUUUUUCCCUCGUUUCUUCAAAUGAAAAUGCAACCGACCAAUUGAAUACUCGAUCAGUAACCUUUUCCAUGGAUAAAUUGGAUCAGAUAUUUAAUGACAUGCUUGGAAAGGCAUCCGUUGGCAGCUUGAUGUCGCGAAGUGGAAAUUACAAAUCGAAUUCAAGUAGUUCAGCAUCAACAAGGGAUUUUGGAAAGAAAGCUGAGUCCUCUGAAAAUAUCCCAAUUAAUAAGUUGAAGGAAUCUCCAACCCAUUCGGUGCUGGCACAUAGCCCCGAACCUGUGAAUCCUGUGAGCAGUUAUAGGGAGUUACAUUUGUGCAAGGAAAUCCAGAUGAGCAUGAAAGACCUGAACUUUCACUCGCCACUUCCCACGCAAAUGUAUUCCUGGCCGCAUCUCGAGCAGGGUGGAUCCCUAGUGCUAGUAAAUGGCUCUGGAACGGGACGCUCUUGGAGUUAUCUUCCCGUAGUUUGCUCCUCUGUAAUGCGUUCCUUGCAAAAUACUGCCACCACUCUUGAGGAUCGGAUGGCUCCAGGUCCUCUGGCUUUGUUAGUGGUGGAUUCGGUAGAGAAUGCCAUGAAUUUGACUUCCCAUUGCGACUUUCUGAUGAGGGACUACAACACCGAGUUCCCGAAGGUGGUCAAUACACAUGACCAUUCCACAACGGUUGUUUAUAUGAUGCUGCUCAACUCUUGCGGUGUUUUGGUCACAACAUUGGCGCAUUUGCUUGACAUUUUGGUCAAUGGAUUAGCCCUAGUGGAUGCGACUAGACUGAAAUUCUUAAUCUUCGAUGACUUUGAUCGCAUGCGCUUGGGAAAUCUACAGCUGCUGGACGAAGUACUACAGAAAGUCUAUGCCUUGGGUUGUUUGACGAUGCAGUUAGUCCUUGUAGCUCAGCAAUGGCAUGCGGAUAGUUUCAAGAAACUCUUAAGGCGUACGAUAAAACCACUUGUCCUUUUCGGAGAUUUUUUCGAGGCAGCUCUGUACGGAGGUCUUAAAAUGAAAAUCAUUCUUCGAAUCUCCACGCUGAAGAACAGACAGCUUCUUGAUAUCCUGGCGGCACAGGAAGUUCCAAGGAAGCGCACACUGAUAUACUGCAAAAGUCAGAUGGAGCUGGAGAAUUUGAAAAUGAUUUUAACCGAAGCAGGACAUCAAUGUGUGGGCAUUUCACGAGCUCAUAAUCAGGAACCUCACGAGCUGAUGCUGGUCAGUGAUAAUCCGAUUCCGAAACAGCUGCAUCUAAGGAACAUCGAGCUGCUUAUCCACUUCAGUCUUCCGGAAUCCUGGCUUAGAUUUUCCAGUCGAUUCCAUACCAUGGCAGGCAACAUAUGUAAUUUAUUUACCACACCUCCGGGAAUCGAACGACCAUCCUUGAUCACCUAUUUGAUGUUGGACGAGAGGAACUCCAGGGAGUGGCCCCGCACCAUGAAAUUCCUUCAGGAUCAUGGCAUCGCCACCAACGAAUUGAAUUCCCAAUUUAUGUCCCUCAGCCAGCAGAAAAUGGAUGAUGAUAUUCCCUACUGUCCAUAUCAACUGAGCAGUGGUGAUUGCAAUCGGAGGCUGUGUAAUAAGCGACAUCACUACGUUAAAUCUGAUCUUUCGCAGCCUGGAAAUCCACUUCAGCAAACAGGGACAUUAAUUCGCUGCAAGUUGUACAAAGCCUAUGACCCAGUUCACAUGGCCGUUUGGCCUUUGAAGUAUAAAUCAAAAGACUCAUGCAGCUGGAUGGAAGUGCCCUAUCCUUCCAAUCCCUCCACAUUAUUGCUUAAAAUUAGCAUGGGAGUGCCGCAGAAGGUACAUUACCCAUAUAAUCUAAACGAUGUCUGCUUUGUGCUGUAUGAGGAAACCUGGAGGAGAGUGAGGAUUGUGGACAUUUCAUCCGAACAUAAACUCACUGUGCAAUUUAUGGAUCAUGGCAGUGAAUUAGUGCAGGUUAAGCCAAGUGAUUUGCGGCAAUGUCCGGAGAAGUUUAGAUCUUUACCACCUCUGGCCAUGGAUAUUCGUUUGUCUGGAUUGGUUCCAGCUGGAGAAGGAGGAAAGUGGUCAGCAGAUGCCAAUCAAUGGGUCCAGGAAAGCUUUGGUGCCGUCGACGGACAGGUGAUGCAGAUAUCCGUUGAUUUCUCUAUUCUACAUGUGGUCUACGUCAGGGAAGUUUCUUUAAUUGAAGAGUGUCCAACCAUGCUAACGAGUGUAUACAAAAUCUUUUUGCGUAAGGAACUGCUUCGUCGAGGAUUUGCCAAAAUGGACAGCACAAGCAAUCAAGAAGUGAGAGUCCUGCUCGAGCAGCAGAAGCAAAAAAUAGAAGAGCUGGAAUCCAAUAAGGAAAACAUUAGUUUUGGAAAGAGGAAUACCGACUUGGAGGAUCAUACAAUUGAUCUUAAUUUUCCAAGAAGGGAAUGCACAGAAAUGGUGGAGAAAGGCGAUUUGAUGAUGGGAUCACUUAAUAGAAUUCAAGAAACUGAAAAAGCUGGGGAUAAAAAGGAACUGCCCUCAGAUCAAAUAGAAGAUAAAAUUUAUGAAGUAACGAAGAAAAAUACUUGUAAGGAUAAAAUUCUAAACGAUGGCGGAAAAUCAGUAGCGGAAAAACUAAUCCCAAUCGAACCACCAAUCGAUAGUUCCACAGCAUUAUUAAACACCCUCAUUAACGAGUUAAACAGUACUUGUUCUUCAAAAAAGCAGGAUACUCAAAAAUUUAUACACAACCUUGUGCAAUCAGAAGAUAACCAGGAAAUCCUCCACAGAAACUCCGGUUUAAUAAAGUCAAGACUGGACAAAUCACUUAAAGUUGGCCUCCAAGAGCUUUCGAAAGAACUAGUAUUGCAGUCCUUGAACUGCGCCUCAAAAUCUGGAGAAGUAGUGCGUCCAAGGAUUAGAUGGCACCAGACCCAAACCCAUAUAGAGCUAAUCAUUGAACAGCAGGUGACAGAGUAUAAACUUAUUCUAAAAGGUAAUACCUUGAUUUACAAUGUGACGACAACUACGCCUUCUCAACGAUGCAUUCUGAAUCUACUGGGCGAGGUGAGGAUCGAGACGGAGAAGCAACAUGGCUACAACCUACAUGUCAAGUUGGCCAAAAUUGGCUUACUAGGCUUUUGGCCAAGUCUUCUUAAUUCGCUAUAUGACCAACAAAAUUCCCACUGGCUGAUCUACGAUACUGAACGUGCUCAGGGACCUCCACUAUCAAUGGGUCUAGCCCUUUGGGAUGGGUAUUUGACUUACGAGAAUAGAAAUAACUACUCCGAUUCCGAGGAAGAUGAAUUCUAUUCUGCUCCUGAGGUCUUCAGAGAGCCGGGAGUGGAAUAUUGCGACCUGGACUCUACUUUAUAUGAAGACUUUUAG